CGUUUUAUGUUUCCGUUUCAGGAUUGUAUCAAAUCCGAAGAACAGUGAACAGUGAGGGAGCAGUGACGAUGGUCGAACGGUGGUGGAGGGCUUUUAGGGUUAUCAGGUGGGGAGGAAGGAACCAUAGAAAGAGAAGGCAUGGUCCAGGUAAUUGACACUAAAGUUCAAGGACCAGCGAAGUUGGCACCUUGUCUUUAUUUUUAUUGCUUUAUAUGUUUGCAAUCAGACCCCAUUACAGACUGGAGCUCCGUUCCAUUGCCUUGUCGAUCUGAAGCAGCCAGGCCUCACUUUCAAUUCGCCAUCCCAAAGAAAUGGGAUCUGCUCCUAUUUUUUGAGGGUGCAUUUGGAAGAACUCAUAACCCAAGAUUCAAAGUGGCUAUUGGAAGGUUUAAAGCACUGAAUCUUGAGGCAUGGACUCCGGAAACAGAAGGAAUGGAAAACCAAGCCACACCAAAUGGUGACCGUCCUAGAACCAAGUGGACAUCAGUAAUGGACCGGUAUUUUAUUGACAUUAUGAUAGAAGAAGUUCAUAAAGGGAAUAAGAUUCGGAAUACAUUUCGGAAAAAAGCAUGGGAGGACAUGGUCUCUUUGUUCAAUACAAAAUUUGGAUUACAAUUGGACAAGGAGAUAUUACGGAAUCGAUCUAAAAAAUUGAGGCUCAAGUGUAAUGCUGUGAAGACUCUUCUUGCCCAUAAUGGAUUUCAUUGGGAUGACUCACGAAAAAUGGUCAAAGCAGAUGAUCAUGUCUGGGACGAAUAUCUCAAGGCACACCCUGAGGCACAAUCAUACAGAACCAAAACUGUGUUGAAUUACAAUGAUUUGUGCGUGAUAUAUGGAAAAGAAGCAACUGAUGGAACAAAUGACAGUUCUGGUCAUAAUAUAAAGGCUGCUGACAAUAUCUCAGGAAUGGAGAUUGUUGCACUGUCUGAAGAUCCACAACCUCUGGCACUGUCUGCAGGUCAUGAAGAUCUUUGUUUGGUAAGGUGUCCUGAAAAGAUAGAAGGAACGGACAUCCAAGUUCCUACCAGUAGUGAGCGCUCACGAACAAACUGGACUCCAACAAUGGACCGUUAUUUCAUUGACAUUAUGAUAGAACAGGUUCAUAAAGGGCAUAAGAAUGGUAAUAUAUUUCGAAAAAGGGCAUGGGAGGAGAUGGUAGCAUCGUUCAAUGCAAAAUUUGGAUUAAAUUUGGAUAAGGAAGUCUUGAAGAACCGCCACAAAAAAUUGAGGCUUCAAUACAAUGCUAUGAAGAUUCUUCUUGGCCAUGGUGGGUUUCACUGGGAUGAAACAAGACAAAUGGUAACAGCGGACAACAAUGUUUGGGAUGAUCAUCUCAAGGCUUACCCUGAAGCGCGAUCAUAUAGGACCAAAACUGUCCCAAAUUAUAAAGAUAUGUGUGUGAUAUACCGAAAUGAAACUGCUUACAAUGGCUCAGCUGAUGAUGUAAACCUUGCCGGCAACACUCCUAAAACUAAGAUAACUGGAGUCUCAGGAGCUUCACAAUCUCUGUCUGUGUCUGCUGUCCCUGGUGAUCCAGGUGUACUAAGGUCUUCUCAAUUUGUUGAAGGAAUGGAUAAUCAAGACCCUCCAAAUAUUGAUCACUCGAAAACCUGGACUCCACCUAUGGACCGUUAUUUCAUGGAUAUUAUGUUGGAACAGGUAAACAAUCGAUUCAAAGUUGGUAAUGCAUUUUGCAAAGAAGCAUGGACAAAUAUGCUUGCAUUGUUCAAUUCAAAAUUCGGAUUAGAACUGGACAAGGAGGCUCUGAGGAACCAGCACAGGAAAUUGAGGAUGCAAUACAACGCAAUGAAGACUCUUCUGGACAAUAAUGGGUUUUAUUGGGAUGAAACACGCCAAAUGGUGGCAGCUGCAGAUAAUAUUUGGGAUGAUUAUCUCAAGGUACAUCCAGAAGCACGAUUGUACAGAGCUAAAGCAAUGCCAAACUAUAAUGACUUGUGUGUGAUAUACGGAAACCCAAUUGUUGAUGGAAGAUAUAGCUGUUCGGGGCAUGAUGUAGUCCUUGAAGACACACCAGAGGUGAAGAUCGAAGUAGAGGGGCCACAUUCUCCAACCUCUGCUGCCCAUGGAGAUCCAAUCAUUGCUACACAAGAGUCUUCAUCACAUUCAGCUGGGGAUGUGGAUACAUCCAAUCAACAGAGCAAGCGUCCAUUCGCAGCACCUUCGACGUUUGAACAUUCUAGAAAACGGCUGAGGACUAUUGAUGAAUGUAUGGUUGAGGCUCUUCGUCAAAUGGCACUUGCAGUUACAUCAUUAGCAAAUAAAAAGAAAGAGAAUGAGAAUGAGACCCCUGCUACGCUAGAAAAGGUGGUUAAUGCACUUCAAGCUAUACCUGAUAUUGAUGAAGAUCUCUUUCUGGAUGCUUGCGAUCUUCUGGAGGAUGAACAGAAAGCAAAGAUGUUUCUUGCACUGGAUGCAACAAUCCGGAAGAAGUGGUUGAUGAGGAAGCUUAGACCAUAGUCACCUGUAUUAGUGUCUCGAAGCUUUUCUAAUCCUUACUUUUUAAAUCUCCUUUGUUGUAAUGUAUUCCACUUGUUCAUGUUAUUUAACAAUUAUUAUCCAGUCUUUUAUCUUGUGUUAAAUCUCUUGUAGUCUUAAUUAGACUGGUUAACAUUAACAGCAGAUAUGUGAACUGGUGUACAUUCUAGUAGUGCUAAGGAUUUAUCUUGAUUUGCGUACA